AUGAAAAAGCAAAAACACCAUGCCCCUUUCAUCAACCAAUCUCUCACUUUUCAUCUUCUAUUAUUUUGUGAUUAAAGUACAGAUCCAUCCAGCUCUAAAAGCCUUCUCUUCUCUGCAGUUCUUCUAAUUUAAUCCUAACUAACAAGUACUUUUCUCCUAAUUGAAAAUGCAUUAGUUUUUAGUAGCUAUAUAAUUAGCACUCCAAAAAAGUCAAUCAUGCAAUUCUCGUUGGUAAAGAAAAUGAGGGAGAGGGUAUUGCAGGACGAUUUUUCGGAGUGGUAAUACCAAUCCCGGUUUAUUUCUUUGCUUUAUGAACAAAUUUACACUUAUUCUUACUAUGGUUAGUAGUACAACUGAGUGAGAAUCUCAGUGCACUAAUCAAACUUUUCCUGUAGCAUAUAUAUGUAAUUGGCAACACUCUUUUGAGCAUCUUCUUAGAGCUUCUGAGUUGAGAUGGGCAUCAGUGGAGGUUUGGUCAGGAGUGUUUUCUCGAGAAACCGAUCUUUCAGGACACAUGAGAGCAAUGUGAGGAGCAAUGUGACUGAGAGGAGAAGAUGGAGCUCGGUUAGAUCGUACCUAUGUGGAGACGAAUAUAAUUCAGUCAUGGCAGAGAAUGAUUCGGCUUCAGUUAAGAGCUCUGUGGCUACAGCCGCCAUGCAGUUCAAUUCAGUUUUAGCUGUUGCAGACGAAGAUUCUAGUUCGGUUAGGAGCUCCGAGGCGACUGUCACGCAACCGAUGCCAGAAGACUUGAAAGACAAGGGAAACAUCAGAAGAGAAGCAACUAAGGUAGAUGUGGAAAUGGCAAAGACAGAAUCUUCGGUCUCCAAAACAAUGUCUGAGGAGCGUGCAGCAAUCAUCAUCCAGUCGGCAUUUAGAGGCUUUCGGAUUAGGUGCCGAAAUGGAGGAAUUAGAUCCAAGGAUGGUAAGCAGGAGCUUCUUGUUGGAGUGGAAAGUCCGAGUAGGGAGUCUCUAGGCACAUCUGUAGAAGUUCAAACGGGAAAUUCUGUGCAAGUUUACUCGAUUCAAGGAGAAAAUUCAGCUGCUUACCACCGGACACAAGAGAAAGCUAGAGCGCAGGCGCUAAAGUUGAAGGAAGAAUGGGAUGCCAGCACAGUUAGUAGCAACAUAUCAAGAAUGAGAAUGCAGAACAGAUUGGAAGCAACUACAAGGCGGGAGAGAGCACUGGCGUACGCCUUUUCACAACAGCUAAGGAUCUGCUCAAAGAAAAGGCACACCACAUCUGCUGGCACAGAACAGAACAUGGGUUGGAGCUGGCUAGAACGGUGGAUGGCAACCCGCCCUGCUGAAAUCUCCUCCGCAGAAAGUCAUACAAGCAGCCACGUUGAAACAAUUCACAGCAGCCAAAGAUUUGUCAUCGGAAAGAGAUUGUUCGACAUUGCAGGUGAAGAAAAAGAGAGCUGCGGAUCUAAUGAAGUCAGUGUCCUAUUUGAUAACUUUCCGGUACCAGCAGAAGAGAAAGAUGGCUUCAGUCCAACUAAGAACAGAUUCAAGGCUACGAGAAGCCUAUCAACGCGAAAAUCGAUGCCAAGCUACGAGUGUGGGAAAGAGUAUCCCAAGGUAAGCAAGAAGGAUUGUUCGAGGGAACCCAAAAGAGAUGAAGAGCGCACCGAAAAGCAAACUGGGAGAAGGAAGUGCAGAAAUACUUCAUUCUAAUGAACACAGAUUUCCCUUUAGAAUCUCUGUCAAGUAAAUACUCUGAUAUCUUAUAUAUAAUCUGAUGCUUGAUA